AUGACUGACGAAUUCCGUGAUUGCUUCGUAGGCGAAAAAGGUUAUGAUGCCUUAAAAAAGCUAAUGAGAAAUAGCAAUGAAUUUUGCACAGAGAUUGCCAAUUGUUUACUGGAUAGAAGUGACGCUGAAAAAGUGUACGCCAAAGCUCUUCGAAAAAAUAGUGAUAUAAUGCAGAAAAUUGCCGGUCGAACAAGAGGGACACUUUCAAGUGCAUUCAAAAUGCUUGCAACACAAACAAAUAGACAAAGUGAUGCACAUAGUGAGAUGGCAAAUGUACUCUUAAAUGAUAUUUUUACGUCGAUAAAAAAUCUGGCUGAUACACAAAAUCGAGAAAGACGAGCGAUUGAAGAAACGAUGAAUGCAAAAUUUAAAGAAUGGAAUACCCAAAAAAAUAAUGAUAAUAAAUUUCGUUCACGUCAAUUCGAAAAAUCUGAAGAAAUCGAAAUUCUAUAUCUUAAACUGAGUGAAUUACCUAAAAGCGGAAGAAAACAUGGCAGAGACACGGUAAAGGAAAAUACGUCGGCUCAAUUGGCUAGGAGCUGUAUUAUGCCAUCCGGACGUAGUACCAGUGCUUCUGAAAAGUCGAUCUCGAAUUCCGAUGACAAGUAUCAGGCAAAUAUGGAGAUGGAUAUUCAAAAAGCAGACGAACAAUUGAAAGGAAUAGAAAAACGAUAUCAUGAAUCAACAAAAGCUGUGGAAUUAGCACGACAAUCGUGUGCUACUGAACUCUGCCGAAGUUGCGACAAAGCACAAAAAAUGGAAUUAGAUAGAAUUACUGAAAUGAAAAAUUUUACUCAAAGUUUUAUUAAUUCAAUUCAAAAAUUCUGCGAAACAAUGUACCAAAUUUCUCAUGAUUUAAAUUCCAUUCAAAUUUCGCCAAAUGAAGAUAUUAUUACACAAGCUCGAUCGAAUUCGCAGCCAAAUGAAUUAGAAAUAUUACUUUAUGAUAUAUAUGCUGAAAAUGAAAAUGCCAUGAAUGAAGAACGACGACUCACAAGUCUCAACUAUUGGAUAGAUUUACUAAACAGAGAUAUUAGCAUGCAACAACAAAUGAACAAUGCAUCGACUUGUCCUCACAAAUCAGUUAAGGAAGAAUCAUCACCGUCAAAUGAUGACGACAGUUCAUCAAGUGAUGGAGCUAUGUGCUCUAAAAAACCUCAUUCAAGAAAAGCGUAUGGUGUUUCUAAUCGAGAUGGUUCGAUGUCGUUGUCGAACGAUGACGGUGCUAUGUGUUCUGGAAAAGACAAAAGACGAGAAAAGAAAAAUACGGAAGUUGUUGAAAGGUUUUCCAAUGAAUUAUCCAUUGAUCGGCCGAAUACUCGUUUUAUUCAUUGUCUUUAUGAAGCAAGUUUAUAUAAACUUCAAUCUGCUUAUUACCGUAUUAAUAAUUUAUCUCCGUUACAAUAUGAACAUUCACACUGCUAUGCUAAAACUUAUAACGAGAAAGGACAUCCAACAACUUUAAUUCGCAUUCCACUUCAAUCAUCAGCACAAGUACUUCCAUCAGCUCCACCAGCAACACCAUAUUUUGCUGAAGCAAUGCCACUAUUUGUUCCAAUGUCUAUGCAACAACCACCAGUGGUACAAACUAUGCAAACACAACCACCUCCAAUUGGUUUUGUGUUUAAUAACACUGGAAUGAGAUCUUCAGCAUUAGCGAAUAAUACUGUUCCGCCACGAUGUCGUUUACAAUCUAAUAAGCCUUCGCAACGUUCACUGACAACAACCAACAGACAAGUUUAUCCAGAUCUUCCGGUUCAGUCACCGCAAUUUUCUGAAAAGAAACCAAAUAAAUUAGUUAAAGCAAUAUAUCCUUAUACAGCGGCACAUAGGGAUGAAUUGGAUCUUAAAGAAGGAGAUUGUAUUUUAUUAAUGGAAUGUCGACAAGAUAAAUGGUAUAAAGGAGAAUUAAACGGAAAAGUUGGUUUAUUUCCUGGAACUUUCGUAACGGAUGCGUAA